AUGCUCGCGGAGCCGUUCGACGUCGACUAUGCAUGCCCGUCGGAAGAGUACGAGACACUCGCGCUUGAGUGCAUCACGUACGACCCAGAACGCCGGCCUACGGCGCCCGAAGUCGUCCGCCGGCUCGAGACCAUCCGCCAAGCGUACGGCGGCGCUGGCUUUACGACGCCCGAUCUUGCCAAGGUCGACCUCACGGAACCACCGGUCAAGACAUCGGGCGUCCUCUACGUACCAAGUUUCGGGACCUCGCACGACAUUUGGUGCGAGAUCAACGUCGACGACACGAAGCGCACGCCGGUCAAGAGCUCCGUCGCGACCGGCGGCGCGUUGCAUCGUUUUAUGCCUGUGUCGACGACGAUUGCCAACAUUGAGCCGCUCUCGCACACUCUCGAAGUCCUCAUCAAGACCCAGGUUUUGCUUUUCCCCAAGACGAUCGGAAAGGUCUCGAUUCCGCUCAGCGAGCUCCUCACACUGGAAGGCGACGACAAAAGCUUGACGGCGGUGCGGACGAAGCAGGGCCCGAUCGUCCAUGAAGGCGACAACAUUGGUACCUUGGAGUUCCGGAUGGUGUUUGGACCGCAGAUUCGCGGGUACCUCGAAGUCUUUGAGCGGGAGACGACCGAGUUCCUGAAAAAGGCCAUUGCCGGGCCGAAGACGCUCGAUCUCUCCAAGAAGCGCGACGUGGCGGCCGCGGCGUUGCUGGCCAGUACGCCCAAGACCCCGUAG